AUGAGCAACAUGCUAGGUUUGGAAUUCCUAGACCUUUCUCACAAUAAUAUAUCUGGAAUCAUUCCUAAGUCUUUCGAGAAACUUCAAAACUUGAAGUAUUUCAAUGUUUCUGUCAACAAAUUGUAUGGUGAAAUACCCUCAGGGGGUCCUUUCAAGAACCUCUCGACACAGUUUUUCAUCUACAAUGAAGCAUUGUGUGGUUCUUCAAGAUUUAGUGUCCCGCCAUGCCCCACUUCAUCAAAGCAUAGAUCAAAAAGGAAUAAAUUUCUAGCUCUAUUUAUUUUGCUAGGAAUUCCGCUUCUGUUUGUUCCUAUCAUUUUUGUAUUUGUAUGGGUAAGGUAUAGGAGAGGUGCUCCCGAACAACAAGCUGAUACACUGUUUACCAUAAAAAGAGAAGGAAUUUCAUACUAUGAAUUGCUCCAAGCAACUGAUGCACUUAGCGAGAGUAAUUUGAUUGGUUCUGGGAGUUUUGGCUAUGUUUACAAACGCGUUCUCAGAAGUGGAACUGCCAUUGCAGUUAAAGUGUUCAAUCAACAACUGGAUGCAUCAUUCAGGAGUUUUGAUACAGAAUGUGAAGUUUUGCGCAGCCUCCUCCAUAGGAAUCUUGUAAAAGUCAUUAAUAGUUGUUCAACCCUUGAUUUUAAGGCUUUGGUGCUCGAGUAUAUGCCUAAUGGGAGUCUUGAGAAGACUAAGCAUUAUGAUAAAUGUGGCAUGUGUGUUGGAAUGUCUCCAUCAUGGGUGCUCGUUGCCCGUGAUCACUGUGAUCUGAAGCCUAGUAAUGUCUUGCUCGAUGUGGAUAUGGUUGAUCACCUAAGCGACUUUGAGUAUGGACUGGAUGGAUUAGUGUCAAAAAAAUGUGAUGUUUAUAGUUACGGGAUCAUGUUGCUGGAAACGUUUACCAGGAGAAAGCCUACUGAUUUGGAGGGUGAUGUUAGCUUGAAGCAAUGGGUGAGUUAUUCACUUUCAGAGGCACUAAUGGACAUCAUAGAUGCCAACAUGAUAACUUCAACUGGUAAUCGCUUACGAAGGGAGCUAGAAGUUAUGUUGUCAAUCAUGAAAGUGGCAUUAGAUUGUUGUGCUAAAUCUCCGGCGAGAAGGACUAACAUGAAAGAUGUUGUAGGAAUGCUACAGAAGACCAAAAUUCAACUUGAAUGUGGAGCAUGUAGUUCCAAAUGA